AGCACAAGGCAUUUGUACAGCCACUCUCCCGGUCACGCCCACUUGGUGUAAGGACUCUCUGCGUCUCUGUGCAUGUUGCGUUUUCUCCGUAACUCGGGACAGAAAAAAGAUGUCAAAGCAGGCUUUUGAGAUUACGAUGCUUGUUUUCUUAAUGGCGACAUCGACGAACCCAUUAAGAGCAAUUGCUGAACCGGAGAACAAGGAGACUGUCACUAACCUCCACUUCUACUUCCACGACAUCGUCAGUGGAAAGAACCCGACUGCUGUUCGGGUGGUUCAACCCGCCGAGGCAUACAAAUCCACCACCCUUUUCGGAGUCGUCAUGAUGGCCGACGACCCCUUGGCAGAGACGCCCGACCCGAAUUCCAAGCUAGUGGGCCGGGCCCAGGGCCUUUAUACGUCGGCGUGUCAGCAGGAGUUGGGCCUGCUGAUGUCCAUGAGCUUCUCCUUCACGGAUGGAAGCUCCGUCAGCAUUUUGGGUAAGAACUCGGCCAUGAACCCCGUCCGCGAGAUGCCGGUCGUGGGUGGAACAGGGAAAUUCCGGCUGGCGCGAGGCUACGCUCUGGCCCAGACUCAUUGGUUCGACCCCGCCACCGGCGAUGCCAUUGUUGCCUAUAACGUCACGGUGAUUCAUGUUCAUUAAUUUGAAUGUGCUGCGCACUGAAUCUAUUCUGUUUAUCUUAACCGCACUUUUUACCGCACUGAGUUACGUCUUAAAUUGCCACUCGAUCUGGAUGUAAUACUAUUUUAUACUUUAUAUUGAUCAUGCAUUGUUGGUGAUUAUA